UGGCGACCUGCGCUUCGGGUGCGGCGGACGCGUAGGAGCCCGAGGGAAACCGUACCGCGAGACCCGACGGGAGAGAGGUCCUUGAUCCCCGGAUCCAAGGAGCCGCACCCAGUAAUUGGGCGCGGCGGCUUCUCGAGGUUUUACCGGAAGGCCCCUCUUCAAGCAACUCCCUAGUCCCUCCGCGGAAGGCGGGGCUACGAAGGAGCUAUUGCGUGAUGAUUGGUUGCGGAGCGUGGGGAACGUGGACACGGGAGUUGGGCUGCGCACGCCAAGCAGUGAUUGGUUGCCGAGAGGUGAAGGGACUCGACCGCUUGAGAGGUAUCCACCGCGGUGAGGAGAGCCAUGGGUCAGGCGGCCAAGGUUUUGCAGCUCUUUAAAACAUUGCACAGGACCAGACAACAAGUUUUUAAAAAUGAUGCCAGAGCAUUAGAAGCCAGAAUAAAGAUAAAUGAAGAAUUCAAAAGUAAUAAAAGUGAAACUUCUCCUAAGAAAAUAGAACAGCUAAUAAAAAUAGGCUCCGAUGUUGAAUUGUUACUCAGAACAUCUGUUAUACAAGGUAUUCACACAGACCACAAUACACUGAAAUUGGUCCCUAGGAAAGACCUUCUUAUAGAAAAUGUGCCAUAUUGUGAUACGCCAACUCAGAAGAAGUGAAUUUUCUAGGAUAAAAUCAAGUCUUUGUAAUUUUUAAUCUUAAAAUAUAUAAUUGGCAAAAGUCCUGGAAAUGCAGAUAUUUUUCUCUGAACUGGCAUAUUGAAAAUGAGUGAAUUAAAGUAUUGUUUUAUAAUUAAAUUUCACGUUGAAAGGACAUUGCUGAAAACUACAGACCAUAGUUAAGUAUUUCUAAAGAACAUAAGAUAUUUCAUUUUC